AUGGCUUCUCAAGAUCGUUUCCCCCACUUUGGAACUGCUGCUAUUCACGUUGGUCAAGAACCAGAACAAUGGGAGAUGAACCAGGUUGUACCACCAAUCUCUCUGUCCUCGACAUACAAACAGGAUCGUCCUGGAGAACCUAAGGGUCAUGAUUAUUCACGCGCUGGGAACCCAACGAGAGACGUUCUCCAGAAAAACUUGGCCGCACUUGAAGAUGCUAAGCAUUGCCAUGUGUAUGCAUCUGGUCUUGCUGCUAGUGCCGCCGUUAUCAAUAUUUUGAAGACUGGUGACCACAUUAUCUGCUCUGAUGACGUUUACGGAGGAACCCAACGUUUCAUUAGAAAAGUGUCUGUACCUCAUCAUGGACUUCAGGUCGACUUUGUUGAUUUGACCAACCUUCCAGAGUUGGAGUCUGCGUUCAAGCCAAACACCAAGAUAAUCUGGUUCGAGUCUCCUUCGAACCCUCUUCUCAAGGUUGUUGACAUCUCUGCUGUUGUUCAAAUCGCCAGAAAGAGAAACCCAGAAAUCCUUGUUGUUGUUGAUAACACCUUCAUGACUCCAUACUUCCAAAGACCAAUUUCUCUUGGAGCUGACAUUGUAGUUCAUUCUCUCACUAAGUAUGUGAAUGGACAUUCGGAUGUUGUUAUGGGCGCUGUCAUCACUGAUAGUGACAAAAUUCAAGAACAUCUCUUCUUCCAACAACUUGCUGUUGGAGCUGUACCUUCCCCAUUUGAUUGUUUCUUGGUGAACAGAGGAAUGAAAACUUUACAUCUUAGAAUGCGAGCUCACUAUGAAAAUGCCUUAGGCGUUGCUCAGUUCUUGGAGAGUAAUCCAAGAGUAGAAAGCGUGUUGUACCCCGCUCUACCCUCUCACCCACAACAUGAUAUUCAUAAGAAGCAAACUAAAGGAAUGUCUGGAAUGAUCUCAUUUUACCUUAGAGGGGAACUGGAAGAGAGUCAAACGUUCCUGUCUUCCUUAAAAGUUUUCACACUAGCUGAAUCUCUUGGAGGCUAUGAGUCUUUGGCUGAACUUCCGGCCAUCAUGACUCAUGCUUCUGUCCCUGCCGAAGAUCGCAAAAAGCUCAGAAUCACUGACAAUCUGAUCCGUAUUUCCGUUGGUGUUGAAGACUUAGACGAUCUCAUUCAAGAUUUAGAUCAAGCUCUCAAGGCUGCUAUUCCUAAGAUCUAA